AUGGCGGCGCCCCGACAGGUGUGGAACCGCAGCGUUCAGCGAGAGGAGGCGGGAGGUUCCGCGGAGUCGUCGGUCGCUACGCGGACGCCCGUGCCCGCAGUGUCGCCCGGGUCCCCAGAAAGGCUCGUGUCGCCCGCGCAGGUCGCCGAGCCGCCGGGGAAGAACCUGUGGGAGCAGAUCUGCGAGGAGUAUGAAGCCGAGCUGCCUACCCUUCCAAAAGGAUAUAAAGUGAAACAGGGAGCUGCUGUUACAGUGAGCUCGGGCACGCCAAUGGAAGAAGUGGUUACUCAUGGCUUCAACAUGGAGCACUACCUCCCAGGGCACCCGUUUCCAGUGUUGUCUCCUGAGCCUUGUCCUCCCAUGAAGGCAGUAACAGUAGAGCCCAAGACCUGUUCCUCCAAAGAUUAUCUGGAAAUGUUCAUCUUUCCAGUUCUGCUCCCUGGAAUGGCCAACCUGCUUCACCAAGCAAAGAGAGAAAAGUGUUUUGAGAGGAAGAGAACCAAAUUCAUUGGCUGUGAUUUCCUGACUGAGUGGCUGUACAACCAGAAUCCAAAGAGGGCAGGGGAACCGUUCACAGAAUUCUUCUCCAUCCCAUUUGUAGAGAAAUGGCUCGAACACCACCCUCGGCCACCAAUCCCCCUCUCCCUGCUACUGACAGAAGAAGAAGCUGCAAUCAGCAUCCAGUCCUUCUGGAGAGCCUAUCUGGUUCGCUGUGACCCUGAGAUUCAGGAGCUGCGGCAGUGGCAGAAGAAGCUGCGUGAGGACAACCACAUCCGCCAGCGCGUGAAGAUUUUCUGGGCUAAACAAGAGCAGAAAAGCUUUCGUGUGCCAGAGGGUGUGGGAGGACAGGGGCUACUGAGAAAAAUGCAGAGCAUCCCUGGCUUUGAAGGACCAGUGCCAUUGCUAAUGGGUUCUAGAAUCCUAGAUGCAUGUAGCAUCUUCAUGCAGCUGUACAGCCAACAAAAGAGGUACAUCUGUGCAUGUGAUAGAAUUUAAAUUAUGUGUCUAUGUGUGUGCAUGGAAUGUAUGAAGUUCGGAGAACUAUUUUCAGGACUUGGUUCUGUCCUUACACCCUGUGGGUCCUGGGUGCAGAACAAAGGUUGUCAAUAAGGCUUGGAAGAAAAUGCCUUAUUUAUGCACUGAACAGCCAACAAAAGAGGCCCCAUCUGUAUUUUUUUUCUUACAGGCUCCCAAUAUUCAAAAUAUUCUGGUUAUUGUUAAUACAGGGUGAGAAUCCCUUAUGAUGGCACACAUCUUUAAUCCCAGCCAUUGAGAGACAGAGGCAGACAGGUCCUUGAUUUGAAAGCUAACUUGGACUACAUGGCAAGUUUCAGGCCAGUCAAGGUUACAUAGUAAGACCCUGUCUCAAAGAAAAAGAGGAGAGAGAGGUCAGGGGAGACAGAAACACCUGAUUCGGAUUUCAGAAUGCUUGCAUUUAGGUUUUAUAUUUACUUAUAUAGUAUGAACAUGAUUUUAUAGAAUUUAAAAAAAUAAUUCUGUGCAGUUCAGAGUUAAGAUAUGUGGAAUUUUCCAUCUGUGGCAUCAGGUCAGUGUUCAGAAAGUGCUGGUUUUGGGGCUUGUUCUAGAUUUCAGAUUUGCAGGUUUAGGCAUGCCCAAUUGUAUAAUUAUUAAUAGUUGGAAAAACCAGAUCAUCACAGGACUGAAACAGAGGAAAGGAUUCGGGGGACCCUUGAUUCCAGGUUACCUUUUAGUCCUGGCACCUGGGGAGAUUUCUGCCUAGCCAAGGUGGACCGGGAGGCGGGGAUGAACUAACGGAACCUGCCCUGGCACCUGUCCCAGCAAGUCCCCAUGAAGGAGCUCAAGGACUGGGCUGAUCUUAGAAGAACCCUGAGCUCUAGGAAAGCAUUCACACCACUGCCAUUGAGAAAUGACCCAUCGUGGUGACCACUGUAGGCCUCACCUUAUGCUCAUGUCUGGUGGCGUAUAUCCUAAGGUUGAAACCUAUGCACUAAGGUCCAGUCCAAACCCCGGUUCCUGUUAGAACCACAAUGCACUUCACAAGCCAGGACGCAGGAACACUCAAGAAUAAUCUUUCAAGAAGGCAUUAACACAGGAGGGAAGUGACUAGAAGCAAAGACAUUUGACUGAAGGUCAAAGGGGAGAUGGCUCAGUGGUAAAGUGCACACUCUGUUGGUACGGGGACCUGGGUUCGAUUCUCAGAACCCACGUAACAAACUGUAGACCAGUGGGAUUGUUCUUGUAGUCCCAGAAGAUCCGUGGGGCUUUCCAGCUAGCCAGCUUUGCCUUCCCCAUGAGUCCUAGGCCGAUGAGAGACCCUGUCUUAGAAAACAAGGUGGUGGCAUCUGAAGAUGAUAGCUGAGGUUGGCCUCUGGCCUCCAAGGCAUGUGCACACAUGUGCACCCUGAGGCACACACACUGAAGGUCUUUGCAGUGGGGAUAUAGUUCAGUGAUGGAGUGCUUACUUGUGGAUGCAUGAAGCCAGCCCUGGGCUCCAUCCCAGCACCACCAAACUAUAUUAAGUAAUAAUACAUUUUUAAGAGUUCUCUCCGAAAGAUUUCCCCCCAUCCAGGGGCUGGUUCUCCAUAUUUAUUUGAGGACAGCCUCUUACCUCUUGGGAUUAAUUUCUCCUACACAGAGUGCUAUGUUCUGGGUCCAGCUAACUCCCCUUCAAUGAAAUGGUACCAGGUAAUAGGCUGGGUUGAGUCUGUUAUCUUUAGUACAACUUCCCUUCUGGACUCUAACCCACAAUGCACCCCAUUCACCUUUUUUUUUUUUCUGAACUCUAAACUGCUUCAAGCCUUCAGGUGAUGUCCCGGAACACAACAGACCAUUUUCCUCCCAGAGGGGCCAGAACCAUGGCAGGGGCUCUGUGGGGUUUGUUGUAAAUGACCCUGUCCACACACGACAGGUCUGUCUGGAUGUGCAAACUGACCCUCUUUCUCUCUCCUCUCU